AUGAGCAAAAUACCUUUACUAUUGCUUAUAUUAACAUCUCUAUGCAUCAACAACAACUGCAAGCCAUAUUCGAAACAAAGUUACGAAAAUCGAAGUGACCCACGUGCAGCAUCAGAAAGCAUCGAACUGGAUGGGACCGAUGAUGAAAUGGACAACAGGUUUUCUAAUGUUCUACAAAAUAUCCAUGGUCGAAUCGGAGUACUUGGUCCAAUUUAA